AUGGGCGUGUGGUAUGGUAGGGGCUGCGUGACCCCUCAAAUUCUCGCAAGCUUAUCCGUCCAAGGCGUCAACCACAUCUCCGGUUUCUCCAAUCUUCGUGCCGAGGACCAGAAGAAAGUCCGUAUGGCACUCGUCACCCGUCGCAUCGACCCCGCAGACAUCCCCGACUCUGCUCGGCCUGGACCUGGACCUGCACCUCCGACUCUCAACAACAUCACACCAUCGUCCUCGCAAAACAUGCCUGCGUCUUCUCAGGUGACGGCACCUCCGUCUUCACAGCCUUCCGCCUCUCAGGGGCAGGGCCCAGGUCCGAGCCAGAGGAAGAGAAAGGCCGCAUUCGAGGCUGCUAUGGCUGCGGGUCAGGGCUCUGCGCAUUCGCAGGCUGGACCCUCACAGCAGCAGCAGCCUGUGAGACAUGUGCAAGGGCCGGGAAAUACGACGUGGGAAGAAGGAGCGAUGGACGAUGCGCCUGAGGAAGAGCCUGUGGAUGAGUUGUAUUGCACGAUGACUUCGAGUGUCGUUGGUAUACAGUAUUAUAAAGGUCUUGUGGACGUCGGAGAGCAAGUUCUGCUUGUUCGGGAGCCUCAUAACCCGUAUGACCGCAAUGCCAUUCAGGUCAAGAACAUCGGUCGAGUGCAAGUGGGCCACAUUCCACGCAAUAUCGCCUCGAAACUCGCUUCAUUGCUCGACAGAAAGCUCGUAACCGUCGAGGGCACUAUGAACGAAGGCAACCUGCAUAGCCACCAAUACUCGCUCUCUCUUACGCUCAAGAUCUACGGCCCCUCGAAUAAACGUGACCAAUUGGAGCCUGUUCUUAUAUGGGCCACACCCGGCCAACGAGGUUUCCCAAAAAAGAACACCGCACCCCCAGCCAGCCAAGGUGCUCGAACCGCCCGCGCAGGCGCCUCAGCGUCGUCCGCCUCUGUUGCUGGCGGUCCCUCCGCUGCCCAAAUCGUCGGCGGGUCUUCAUAUGCGUCCACCAGUUCGGCAUCGGCGUACGCGUCCGGGUCCGGGGCACACUUGACGCCACAGCAGAAAGCGAUCCAAGAGGCCCAGCUCCGGAAGCAACAGGCAGAGUUCGCGAAAGCGGCGGAGUUGAGGCAGAUCUUGAAUAGUCUGGAGAAGGUGGACGAUGAGGCGAGGAGGGGGUCGUUGCUUGAUACGCUGUGCUCGGCGGAGGACGUGAUGGUCCUUCCGUUGCAUCCGAGUCCGCCGGGGAUUGAGAGUGGGGAGUUGACGGUGAAUUUGCUGAAGCAUCAGAGUCAAGCCUUACAGUGGUGCAUCGACAAGGAAUAUCCGAAGUUACCAGCGAAGGAGGACGAUAAGGCUGUCCAGUUUUGGCAGUGCAGGAAGCAGAAUGGGAAGGUUUUCUAUUACAACCUCGCCACGAAUAGUCCUCAGCAGACGCCGCCUGUCCUGGGUCGCGGUGGUCUGAAUUCGGACGACAUGGGCCUCGGAAAGACCUUGACCAUGAUCGCUCUUAUUCUCGCCACGAAGAACGACGUGUCCAAUGACUACAGCAAGAGCACCCUCGUUGUUGUACCCUUGUCCAUCAUGUCCAACUGGGAGAAGCAACUUAAAGAUCAUUGCACUCCCGGCUCCAUCUCCUCCUGUGUUUAUUACGGUGCAGGGCGAUCAAUGACUGCUGCAGACCUCCAGCGCCACGAUGUCGUGAUUACGACGUACCAGACGGUCGCUAAUGAGGUAGAGAGUGCGAGCACGAAUGCUGGUGUUGGGGCGUCGCAGAAGGUGAAGAGGAAGAAGGUGGAGAGUAGUUUGUUCGACGUACGCUGGAAGCGAGUUGUUCUAGAUGAAGGCCAUAAUAUCCGGAAUCCGAGGACGAAGAUGGCACAGGCCGUUUGUAAAUUAGAAGCCCAGCGUCGCUGGGUGCUCACUGGAACGCCGAUCAUCAACUCUCCUCAGGAUCUUGGCUCUAUCGUCACAUUCUUGAGGAUCUGCAAGCCUCUCGACGAGGCUGAGAUGUACAAGAGGCUUGUUCUGAGGCCCCUCAAGGACGGUGAUCCCCGUGGUGCUGGUGUAUUACGAAGCAUCAUGAGCCAGAUUUGCAUCAGGCGUACUAAAGAGAUGCAAGACAAGGAUGGGAAUUACCUUGUGCCUCUACCACCUGUCGAGAUGACACUUGUUCCCGUGGAACUCAGCCCUGAGGCGAGGGAGUACUACGACACCGUGGAGCAGAUUUCGCGCGAUCGUUUGGAGGGUGCACUCAGCCGCGAGCGUGAAGGGCUGAACUCUGUCUCCAUCUCGACUCACGCGCUCAGCAUGCUCACUCGUCUGCGGCAACUCGCUCUCCACCCUGGUCUCGUCCCAGCGGAUUAUCUAGACCAGCUCCGUCGCGAAGACGACGAAAAUCCAGCAGCGGCCACCCAAAUCUCGCCUGAGGAGAAGAUUAGACUGCAGAGUGUGCUUGCGCAAGCAAUAGAGGACAACGAGGAGUGCCCCAUAUGCUUUGGGAUCCUGGAUGACCCUCGUAUCACGAGUUGUGCUCAUAGAUUCUGUCUGCCUUGUAUCACGGAAGUCAUUUCGCGCGAUCCGAAGUGUCCUAUGGACCGUCGCCCGAUCACUUUGGGUGACCUUAUUGAGCCACCACCACCGACCGAACUCACGCAGGUGGCCCCGAAGGGAGACGACGACGACGACGAAGACUUUAGCGCUCUUCGGACUGGGUCUUCCGCAAAGAUAGACCAGCUCGUUCAUCUGUUGAAGCUGACACCACCGACGGAGAAGUCACUCGUUUUCAGCCAGUUCACUACGUUCCUGGACAAGAUUGCGGAAACUUUAGAAGAGAACGGCAUUCCAUAUGCUCGGUUCGACGGGCAGAUGUCCGCGAGAAGGAGACAGGAGACCCUUGAGCGAUUCAGUGUCCCCAUCGAAGAAGGCAGCGAAGACGCCGAGCUUCCAACCCCGAACGCAUCUCAAUCCCGCUCCCAAUCUCAAGCCAAAUCGACAACCGGUCGCUCCACACGACGCCGCGGAGGAGGCCCAGCGCCCUUCCCGAUGGAAGAAGGAAAUGGAAUGAACGACGGCGAUGAUGACUUUGUUCCCGACGACGGGGCUGACGAUGACGAUGACGACUUUGUGGUAUCCGACGACGACACGCCUUGGGGCCAGUCGAAGCCGAAGAAGGGUAAGGGCAAAGGCAAGGCCAACGGGAAGGCGAAGACGAAGGGAAAGAGCAAGGCGAGAUUUUCGGGCGAGGAUAGUGUUGUGACUUAUAAAUCUACGGCGGCCGCUUUUGGUGCGAAUCCGAAAGUUAUGCUCAUUUCGCUGAAGGCGGGAGCGUUGGGCUUGAACUUGACCGUGGCGAACAAUAAACUGACGAGCACUCGCAGUUGGUGGCAGGAGGGGAUUGAGAGUCAGGCUAUCGACCGCUGCAAUCGUAUUGGCCAGAAGAAGCCGGUGCAUGUAUACCAGCUCAUCGCAGAGAACACUGUCGAGUCGAAGGUCCUCGACAUUCAAGAGAAGAAAAAGCAACUGAUCAAAGAGGCUUUCUCUGGAAUGAAGAACAAGGAGACGCAGCGCCAGAAGAAGCAGGCUAGGUUGCAAGACCUUGUACAAAUCUUCGGUAUUCGAAACCCAGGAGCUGCCGCCACGCAAGGCAAUUGA